AUGGCUAGCAAUCGAAUGCGACGGAUUGGCAAGGAAAUGGCCGAUAUCCAUGCCGACACCAAGUCUCAGAUUACGGCUGCGCCCGUCAACGAACAAGAGGACAUCACACACCUGCGUGGAUCUUUUCCGGGGCCUCCUGGUACGCCCUAUGAGGGCGGCACUUACAACAUCGAUAUCAAGAUCCCAACCGACUACCCAUUCCGUCCUCCGGUCAUGAAAUUUGAGACCAAAGUUUGGCAUCCAAAUGUCAGCAGUCAGACGGGUGCUAUUUGCCUAGAUACUCUCUCCAGUGCUUGGUCGCCCGUCCUGACCAUCAAAUCCGCCCUUCUUUCCUUGCAAUCCUUGCUCAGCACACCGGAGCCGAAGGACCCACAAGAUGCCGAGGUUGCCAACAUGCUUUUGAGGACACCGAAAGAAUUUGAUCGUGUUGCACGACAGUGGGCUACACUCUAUGCAGGUGCCCCCUCCUCUGGUAGCGAGAACGGGGUCGGUCAAGAUGAGACAGAAGGGGCUGGUGACGAUAAUUUAGCUCAGUAUGAUGGAUACAACAAAGAUCUGAUUGAUCGAUUUUCCAGUAUGGGCUUUGACGUGGCCCGAGUUGUAUCAGCGUUCCGGGAUGUUGGAAUCGACCGGAAUGGAGGCAUGGAUAGUGAGCUGUCGGCGGGCCAAAUGGGCGACGUCACUAACAGCCUGCUUGGGGAGUAG